UCCGCCCAUCCCACAAAGCAGAGUUGCGUUGGUCUCUGGACCCUACCGGUUGUGCGGCCCAGGCAGUGACAACAGACAGGAUGGCUUCGAAGUCGGGGGACGGUAGGACUGUGUGUGCGCUAGAGUUUGCAGUGCAGAUGAAUUGUCAGAGCUGUGUGGACGCUGUGCACAAGACCCUGAAAGGGGUGGCAGGUGUCCAGAAUGUGGACGUUCAGUUGGAGAACCAGAUGGUGUUGGUGCAGACCACUCUGCCCAGCCAGGAGGUGCAAGCCCUCCUGGAAAGCACAGGGAGGCAGGCUGUACUCAAGGGUAUGGGCAGCAGCCAAUUACAGAAUCUGGGAGCAGCAGUGGCCAUUCUGGAGGGCUGUGGCUCCAUACAGGGGGUGGUCCGCUUCCUACAGCUAUCCUCUGAACUCUGCUUGAUUGAGGGGACCAUCGACGGCCUAGGACCAGGGCUGCAUGGGCUCCAUGUCCAUCAGUAUGGGGACCUUACUAGAGAUUGCAGUAGCUGUGGGGACCAUUUUAACCCUGAUGGAGCAUCUCAUGGGGGUCCUCAGGACACUGAACGGCACCGGGGAGAUCUGGGCAAUGUCCAGGCUGAAGCUGAUGGCCGAGCUACCUUCCGGAUAGAGGAUAAACAGCUGAAGGUGUGGGAUGUGAUUGGCCGAAGCCUGGUUAUCGAUGAGGGAGAAGAUGACCUGGGCCGGGGAGGCCAUCCCUUAUCCAAGAUCACAGGGAAUUCUGGGAAGAGGUUGGCCUGUGGCAUCAUUGCACGCUCUGCCGGCCUUUUCCAGAAUCCCAAGCAGAUCUGCUCCUGUGACGGCCUCACUAUCUGGGAGGAGCGAGGCCGGCCCAUUGCUGGUCAAGGCCGAAAGGACUCAGCACAACCCCCUGCUCACCUCUAAACAGAACCUCAUGUCAGGUUAUUUGGUCCUCAUAGCUGAACAUCUUCUUGCAGAGAGAGCUGUGGGCCCUUGCUUGUACAGGCCUAAGUACAGGGCAGAUAGGUGUUGUAGCCUGAACAAAUUAAAUUGUUACUUUCAUAUGGCA